AAUGGAGAGAGAAAGAAGUGUUGAUUCCGUGCCCCAUAAACAUAAACCUAUCCAUCUAUCCCUUCUCCAUCCAUGGUCAGAAGUAGGUAACUUGUUUUCUCUUCCUCGAUUUGAUCGUUCCUUCUCUCCGAAACUUGGUUUCUCUCUCUCUCCUGUUUUGUUUUACGCCAGGAAUAGCAGCGUAUCAGUGGCAGUGCAGGAAAAGAGAGGGAGAGUUUUCAUUGGGAAGGUAAAAGCCUUUGUUUGUAGCAGUGCCUUACAUGAACCCUCGCCCCUCUCAUCUUCGGUAACUCUUCGUUUUCUCAGUGUGCCCCGCGUGCGCUCUGCUGUGCCGUGUCUUCUCACUCACAAGUGUAACCGUGUAACCACUAGAAUCAUAGUGAGAGAGAAAGUGCGUGGUUCAUUUCAUUCAUUCAUUCAUUAAUGCUCAAAGGGGUGGAAAGAAAGAAGUAUUAACAUUUAACACCGUGCAGGCUUUGCCAGAAAAGCCAAGUGUGAAAAUCUCUAUGCUACUUACUUCAUGUAACUGACUAUAGCCUCCACUAUCACUAUUUAGGAUUUUCUGUAAAAAGCCUGAUACUUUUCCCAUAAAACCCGGGAGAGCCCUGAAAGACAAACAUCACCAGAGCAACCAGACUUCAUAAAAAAGAGAGAGAAAAAACAUAGGAGGAGAAUGGAGUGUCUUUGUUUUGUUGUAACAUGUAAGGCUAGUGAGUGAACAACUGUAGUGAGCUACAGAAGUUAAUAGUAGGCAAAAAGGAUAAGACAGUAAGUGUGUGUGAGUGUAUGUGUUGACAAGUGAGUGAAUGUGCAAGCCAUGGAGGGUAGUAGUUCUAAUGGCCCUUCUUAUUUGUUGGCUUUUGGAGAAAACAGUGGUGGGCUAUGCCCAAUGACGAUGAUGCCUUUGGUGACUUCCCAUCAUGCUGCUCAUCAUCCAAUAAAUCCUAAUCCUAGUAAUAAUACUAAUAAUAAUGCAAAUACAAACUGUCUCUUCAUUCCCAACUGCACUAACAGUGAAACUCAUCCUUCUAUCAUGCUUGACAAUAACCACAACAACACCACCGAUGACAACAACACUGGGUUAGGGUACUAUUUCAUGGAGAGUGGUCACCACCACCACCACCGCAACAACAAUGGGAGCUCCUCCUCUUCCUCUUCUGGGGUCAAGGCCAAGAUCAUGGCUCAUCCUCACUAUCACCGUCUCUUGGCAGCCUACGUCAAUUGUCAGAAGGUUGGAGCACCGCCUGAAGUGGUGGCAAGGUUAGAAGAAGCAUGCGCUUCAGCAGUGUCAAUGGCAGGUGAUGCAGCUGGAUCAGGUUGCAUAGGUGAAGAUCCAGCUUUGGAUCAGUUCAUGGAGGCUUACUGUGAGAUGCUGACCAAGUACGAGCAAGAACUCUCCAAACCCUUGAAGGAAGCCAUGCUCUUCCUUCAAAGGAUCGAGUGCCAGUUCAAAAAUCUUGCAAUUUCUUCCUCAGACUAUGCUUGUAACGAGGGUGGUGAUAGGAAUGGAUCAUCUGAAGAGGAUGUUGAUCUACACAACAUAGAUCCCCAGGCAGAGGACAGGGAAUUGAAGGGUCAGCUUUUGCGCAAGUACAGCGGAUACUUGGGCAGUCUGAAGCAAGAAUUCAUGAAGAAGAGGAAAAAGGGAAAGCUACCUAAAGAAGCAAGGCAACAAUUACUUGAAUGGUGGAGCAGACAUUACAAAUGGCCUUACCCAUCCGAAUCACAGAAGCUGGCACUAGCAGAGUCGACAGGUCUGGAUCAGAAGCAAAUAAACAACUGGUUUAUUAAUCAAAGGAAACGGCACUGGAAGCCUUCAGAGGACAUGCAGUUUGUGGUGAUGGAUCCAAGCCACCCACACUAUUACAUGGAUAAUGUUCUAAACAAUCCCUUUCCCAUGGAUCUCUCCCACCACAUGCUCUAGAAAAUUAUCCUUUGAAUACAAUGUGUUCAUGUCACAUUCAUGAGCUCGUGCUGUCACCUCAAACCUUAAAAUUAUUAUGUAUUUCAUAUGAGUGUAGAGCUCAUAUAAGCAUUCUAAGAAAUCCUUGAUUGCUAUACUAAAUAUAAAUAGUACGCAGGUGUAUACUGCUACCUUUUAGACGUUCCUUAUGUGGAUCCUCUAGUGAGACAUGAUAUUUACGGAGUUAUAUAUGAAAAAAUAAAAUUGGCUAAAGUAUCAAUUGUUGUUUCCGCAC